AAGCAGCCAACCAGCUGAAAGAGACCGAUGGAUCAGGUCUGUUUGAACGACUGAGAGAGAGGGAGGGAGGACGAGAGAGAGAAGGGGGGAGAGAGUGAUUGUCAGAAGUGUUACUAUAGCGCUUCCAGUCCGCUGGAACGCCGUGGAUAUCCCUCCCAUUUCUCCGGUCUCUCCCAACCAUCCCUUGCCUCGCUCUACAAUGUGAUUUCCAGAGGUCUAAUUACUGUCGCUGUUAUUUCUUUUUAUCUAUUUCUUUUUUUUACCUCCCCAUUUUUUUCUUUGAUCUCCCUCCCUCGUUUUUCUCUCUCUCUAUCUCUCUGUGCUGCUGCUGCUGUUGCUGGAUUUGUUGUCUCAUUAAAUCUGGAGGGAUCUGCAAACAGAGACAACCGGAGAAGACAACCGUAGGAAGACAUGCAUCUCUGGGGAUGAUGCUGUUGCCGUGGGUACCACCCUUCCUGUCGCCAUGACGAUGCCACUCAGCCCCCUCUCCAGUGACGAGGAGCAGCAGAAGAUGCUGGGGAACAGUCAGCACCUGUAUCCAGGGGCGGAGGAGGAAGAGGAGGAGGAGGAAGGGGAGGAAGAGGAGGAGCUGGAGGAUGAGUAUCAGGAUGAGGAUGGAGAGGAGGAGGAGAAUGGAGAGCUGAAUGGAGAGGAAGAAGAGGAGGAUGAUGAAGAGGAGGUCAGGAGAGCAGGAGGAGGGAGGGCAGAAGGACGUAGGCAAAAAGCGGCCGGGCGAUCGGUGAGAGUUACCAACCCGGGACACACGACCAAUCCUUAUUCGUCAAAUCCUGGCCCCGCCCACCAACCGGCAGCCAGUCAGCAGCAGCAGCAGAAGAGGCUGAGGAGAGGUUCGAGCUCCGCCCUCGAUGAUACACACAUCGCCCUGAUGGUGUUCCGUAUCGGCAUUCCUGAUAUCAAACAGACGAAGUGUUUGCGUUUUAACCCCGAGGCGACGGUGUGGAAGGCGAAGCAGCAGGUGUUGUGUAGUCUCACCGAGUCUCUGAGAGACGUCCUGAACUACGGCCUUUUCCAGCCAGCUACAGAUGGACAUGACGCCAAGUUCCUGGAGGAGGAGAGGCCACUCCGAGAUUACCCACAAUCCUUUGAGAAAGGAGUGCCUUACCUGGAGUUUCGCUACAAAACCCGAGUGUAUAAGCAGACCAACCUCGAUGAGAAGCAACUCGCCAAGCUGCACACGAAGGCCAGUCUGAAGAAGUUCAUGGAGUACGUCCAGUCCGGCAGCGUGGAGAAGGUGGCUAAGCUCCUGGACAAGGGGGUCGACCCCAACUAUCAUGACCCCGAUACAGGAGAGACGCCCCUGACGCUGGCUGUACAGUGUGAGCCGGGAGCCGGUGAGGUCAUCAGGGUUUUGGUGAUGGGCGGAGCUCACAUCGACUUCAGGGCCAAAGACGGACUCACACCUCUGCACAAAGCCGUCCGAGCUCACGCACACACCGCCCUGCUGACUCUGCUGUCUAUGGGAUCGUCUCUGGACUAUAAGGACCGCCGAGGCCUGACGCCGCUGUACCACACCGCGCUGAUAGGGGGCGACACGUCCUGCUGCGAGACGCUGCUUUAUCACAGAGCCAAGAUCGGAGUGAGGGACGAGAACGGCUGGGACGAGACACACCAGGCUUGUCAGAAUGGAAACUCGCAGCAUCUGGAGCAUCUGCUGUUUUACGGCGCUGACUCUUCAUCCCAGAACGCCUCAGGAAACACCGCCUUACACAUCUGCGCUCUGUACAACAAGGAGAGCUGCGCACGAAUCCUGCUGUACCGCGGAGCAAACAAGGACAUAAAGAACCACAGCGGACAGACGCCGUUCCAGGUAGCUGUGAUGUCAGGACAUUUUGAGCUGGGAGAGAUCAUUAAAAAUCAUCGGGAUUCAGACGUGGUGCCGUUUUUGGAGUCGCCGAAAUUUGCGCCCCAGAGACGGGAGAGCGGGCGCACACUGGCUCUGCCUCAUCCACACCCGUUCCUCCGUGCCAACAGCGACAACAGCAUGAACAUUCCCGAGUGGCUGGCAUUCCCCAACGCGGUCACACCCAACAUCGUCUCUGUGCAGGGUCUGAAACAUGGCGGUACCCUGCGCAGCUCCAGCAGUCCCCGGGGAGCCCGAACGCGUUCACCGUCCCGAGGCCGAACAGGAGACAGAGACGACCGCAGCAGACAGAGCCGUAGACAGGGGCCGGGUUCCAUCGGUUCACAGGGUGCGGCUCCGGCUCAGCGAAGGCGUCUGUACAGUGCCGUGCCGGGGCGAGUGUUUGUGGCUACGCGCUCACACACAGCACAGGGCGAGCGUGAGAUCAGCCUCAACAAGGGAGACAAAGUCAAAGUACUGAGUGUUGGAGAAGGUGGAUACUGGGAGGGGACGGUGAGGGGACGGACCGGUUGGUUCCCCUCGGACUGUGUGGAGGAGGUGGCAGCUCGCAGCCUGGAGCACCGCACAGACAGCCGUAGCGAGAAGACCAAGAGACUUUUCCGUCAUUAUACUGUGGGAUCAUACGACAGCUUUGAUGCACCCAGUGACUACAUAAUCAAGGAGAAAACAGUGCUCCUACAGAAAAAAGACAGCGAGGGUUUCGGCUUUGUGCUGAGAGGGGCCAAGGCACAGACACCCAUUGAAGAGUUUACACCCACCCCAGCCUUUCCAGCACUGCAGUACCUUGAGUCUGUUGACGAGGGAGGCGUAGCCUGGAGGGCUGGUCUACGAAUGGGCGACUUCUUGAUCGAGGUAAAUGGUCAGAAUGUGGUGAAAGUCGGCCACAGGCAGGUGGUCAACAUGAUCAGACAAGGCGGAAACAGCUUGAUGGUCAAAGUGGUGAUGGUAACCCGCAAUCCUGACAUGGAGGAAGGCUCCCGAAAGAAAAUCCCACAGCAGAGUAAAAGGCUGAGCACUCCGGCCAUCGCACUGCGCUCCAAAUCCAUGACCUCGGAGCUGGAGGAGAUGGUUGACAGAGCUUCAGCCCCGUGGAAAAAAAAAUCAGAGUUUGAAUCCUCACAAGCUACAGAGAAAAAAAGGACCGUCUAUCAGAUGGCUUUGAACAAGCUGGAUGAGAUUUUAGCCGCAGCGCAGCAGACCAUCAGCACCAACGAGACCCCAGUUCCACGAGGUCAAGCAGUGAAGCGGGAGAGAGGCCGGGGUUUUUACAACGAGUCAAACUUCGACCAAUCAGGGAUGGGAAUAACGUCGUCUGGGCCAGGGCUCGGCUAUGACCGUGGCACAUUUGUGUCUGGCCACGCCCCCCAGCACGGUAUGCUGCGACAGAAGUCCAUCGGGGUUCCUGAGGAGGAGAAGCAGUUCCUCCAUCCUCCAGCCAUGAAGUUUGCACGAAGCCUUUCAGUCCCCGGCCCAGAUGACAUUCCCCCUCCACCAACCACAGCGCCCCCUGAUCCCCCUUUCUCCUCGGCACCUCCUAUGGGCUGGAGAGGCAAGACAUCCCAACAGCCUUCAGUAUCGGUCUCUCAGUCUACCUCCACCUCCACCCACUAUCAGCUUUAUUCCCAGUCAUCUCACUACGCUCAUGGACCAAGGGACAGGUCCCCUGGACCACCCACAAGCUCUGCAGUUUCUGACCACGCAACCUCUUAUUCUCAUGCCCAAGCGCACCCCUCUGUCCCCAGCAGGACUGCUUCCAGGAAGGUCGUGGGUUACACAGGAGAUUCCACAGGAGCUAGUGGUGCAGCAGGAGCAAGGUCAGCUGGUUUGAGAAGGGGCUACAGCAAUGCAGUUCCACCCACUAGUGUGGCUACAGUGAUUCCUCAGCAACAACAGACUGCUCAGAGCCAGCAGACAAGAGUGGACCGCACAACAGCAGGGACAGCAGCUGCGGGUGGAGUCCAGAAAGUGGGUGUCCGAAGAGGCAAGGGGCCUCUGGUAAAGCAGUCAAAGGUAGAAGACCUACGUUCUGGCCAGGGCACAUUAGGAAGUAAAGGUUCAGUGGAAAAGAGCUCCAUUCCUAUCCCAACCAUCAUUGUCAAAGCCCCCUCCACUAGCAGCAGUGGACGCAGUAGCCAAGGAAGCAGUGUCGAGGCUGAUGUGCCCCUUCCAGGAGAAACCGACAGCUCCAAAGCCCCACCCAUUGCACCCCCACCUGCCCCCACCAUGCCCCCACCUGAGCCACCAUCAGUCCCUCCACCACCACCACCCUCACUGCCACCACUCAGACCUCAGGAGAAUCUGGACUUCACUAGCCAGUUUGGUGCAGCCAUUGUGGGAGCAGCCCGCAGAGAUCGUGAGCGCUUCCAUGAAGCUCGACGGAAGAGUGCCUCCUUUUUUCUCUCUGCUGAGGAGGAACUGGCAGGGAGUACUGGGGUAGCAGGAAUAGGAAGGAGUCAGGCCUCCCAGCAGCAGCUGCAGCAGCAACUGAGCUCCCAGCCUACACCUCGCCUGAGACCUUCCAAAUCUAUUGAUGAGGGCAUGUUCUCAGGCGACACAUUCAUUCAACAUGCUCGCAGCAUGCCACCUGCCUUUGGUCUACCUGAGUAUUCCACAUCUGCGCCUCUGGGGGACUAUCAGCCUAAGUCUGUACCUGCUGACUUCUACCUGGGAGCCAGCCGUCAACAGCCACAACAGCAACAGCCUACCACCACCUUCAUCCACCCACUGACAGGGAAAGUUCUAGACCCAUCAUCUCCACUGGGCCUAGCUCUAGCUGCACGGGAACGAGCCCUAAAGGAUGAUGGACGGAUGCGCAGGGAAAGGGCUGGUGAACACCACUUCACCCGCCAACUCUCCAGCGUGGGGCCUUUUCCUUCAUCCACUGCCCCACCAUCAUCACUGCUCUCUCAUUCAGCCACCCCCUCUUCCUCCAUGAUCUCUUCUGCUGCUCAGUCCUCCAGCUCUUCCUCAUACCUUGUCACAUCCUCUUCACUAGCUGCCACCACCACCUCCACUCGGCCUCCAUCACCCAGGAUCCUUAGAGGAGCAGGGGGAGGUUGGACAGAGGAGACUGGGGAACGUGCUGAGAGAGAAGCUGCAGGAGCUGCACCAUCCAGGGAAGGGCUGAGGGUUCGUUUCUCUGAGGACAAAACAGUCCACACACACCACUACCAGUCUCAGCACUACCAACCCACACAGAAGGAACGAGAGAGAGAGCGGCAGAGGGAACGUUCCCGGGAACGAGAGAGGGAGAGAGAGAGGGAGAGAGAGAUAGAAAGAGCUCAGAGCCAGCAGCAACAGCCAUCCACACAGCCAACUACUCAACAACCCCGGAGACCAUCCUUCUUGAGGAUGGAGAGUGAGGCAGGAACAUACAUCCUCUCACUCACCCCUCCAUCUCCUCCACCUACUGCCAUGACCACACGCACAGCAGCAGGGCCAGGGACUGGGGGAGAGGGAGGCAGCGGCAUGGGACUGAUGGUCCUCCCUCCUCCAGCUCCCUCAGUGGACGCAGAUGAUGAGUUUGUGUUUGCUGAACCUUUGCCACCUCCACUAGAAUUUGCUAAUAGCUUUGAUCGUGGAGUAGGUUAUUCUGCUAUAAUUGCUAACAACCUUGCAACCCGGCAGCAACAACACCAGGCAGCACCUCCGCCGCCACCUCCACCUCCCCCAAAAGAUGCCUUCAUGACUGGCUUCCCUGCUCAGACACCCCUGCCCUCUCCACAGGCUGGUGACUCCACCACCUCCAGUCUCACUUCCUAUGAUAGUGAAGUUGCUAAUUUGACCCAGUCUGCCCCUUCUCCCUCUCCUGCAUCCCCCAACCCUCCCCCACCUCCUUCACCUUCCACCCUACAACCUUCUGGACCCCCUCCACCUCCCUCUGUGUCACCACCUCCUCCUCCCUCUUCCUACCACAGACCUUACAGCUUGUCUCAGACGCAUCAACUCUAUAACAGCACUCCUGCAACCAGACGUGCCACUUCUCCCACACCACCACUUAUCACAAUCCCAGCUCCCCCUGCCUACGGAGGACCUCCUGCUGCUUCUUCCACCCCUGCUACAUCCGUCACUUUGAGGGGGACUUCCAGCCUCUCCAUGACCGCAACCUGUGCCACAGCAACCACCACCACUACAGCUGCUGUUGCUGCUAGCACUGUGCCUGCUGUCAGCAUGCACACCCAGCGCAUGGCGACUGUUUCCACAGUGGCCACAGGGAGUGGGAGUAGGCGGCCCAGUGCUGAGCACCACCCACCACCCACCUCAACCAUGGCCAAGAGUGGCGAGUCCCAGGAGACCGUGGUGGACUCUGGUAUUGAGGAGCUGGACAGCCGCAGCAGCAGUGACCACCAUCUGGACAGCAUCCUGGCACUUAGCAGUGGGGGAGUCAGAGAAAGGAUGGAGAGAGCAGCAGAAAGUGACAGGACAAGUGGAGCAGAUUUCUUAGAGUCCUACAUGAGCUAUCUGGAUGGACAGACUUUUGAAAUGCACAACACUAAAGCAGCAAGCACUGCUUCCACGUACCCCAAAAUGCAACGGUACAGAGAGGGCAGUCGUGCAUCAGAGCUCAGACGGCAGACCAGCACGGCUCCACCAGCCUAUCACAGACGCCGUGGGGAGGAAGAGCCUGAGGAGGAGGAGCCGGAGGAGGGAGAGGAAGAGGACACUCGGGAUGGUUACAGCAUUAGGGAAGGACAAGGAUUGUCUCGCUCCGCUGUUAUGUACUUUGAUCGACCCCGAACGCCUGAGAUGAAGCCCCUUUGGGGUGAUGGGUCAACUAGCGCUACGCAGAUAGUGACUGAAAGUGGGGCUCAGUCUGAUGGGACUUAUGUGGAAGGGCGUAAACUGCACCCACCCAUGUCGGGCAUGAAAGCAAGCAUCAUCAGUGAACUGAACACCAAAUUGCAACAAAGGAGCAAGGGAGUGGAGAACUGGGGAGCACAGCGAUCACUCAGCAGGCACAGGUUCUCUGAGGACUCAACAGGUGCACUGAGCCCUCCAUCGGUACGCUCUCCCUCUCCAUCUCCUCUGGCUCAGCCUGCACUAUCUCCGUCUCCUACAGCUUCCCCCCAUCCUCCUCUCUACCCAAACUGGGCUCGCUCACCUUCCCCACAGCCCCCCGGUGCCCCUUCUCAACCCCCCUCCGCUGCCCCUGGCACCACUGCCCGGUCCCAUUCACCUGUCUCACCUUCAGCCUAUGCACCCUACCCCACCUCCCCUAAGCACCGUCCUGUUUAUCGAUCCAAAGCCCUCGAGUUCCAGUUCAUCCCAAGCAGGGAGUCACGUAAGGCGGAGUCUCAGCGCCGACGAGCACCCAGUCCCCUCAUCUCACCCUCGGAGCGUCCCAAACUGGGUCCCCCGCGCCCUUCUUCCCUCCCUAUCCUUCCUACUUCACCACUCUACAGCAGCUUAUAUGACCUACGUGGUUCCAUCACCCCUCCAUCCCCUGCUAAUCCCCUAGGCGACUCUUACUUCUCUCCAUCCCCUCCUUUGUUUGCUCCUUCUGGAGCACCACCACCACCCAAUUCAUCCCUGGUGGUCUCUCGCUCCCUUUCACCCACCCACUUCCUCUCUGGUUCAUCCUCCCCACCACUCCACUCUAUAGCUCCACCCACUUGUCUGAGUUACCCUCACUUGCCUCCUCCAUCCCCUUCCAAGCCCUUUGCCUCCAAGCCGCUGCCCUACUGGACCAAGUAUGACGUAGCUGAUUGGCUGGCCUACCUAAACCUGGCUGAGCAUAGGGAGCGCUUCCUGGACAACGAGAUUGAUGGCACUCACCUGCCUUCACUCACCAAGGAGGACUUCCUGGACCUUGGUGUUACUCGUGUGGGCCAUCGCAUGAAUAUAGAGCGAGCGCUCAGGAGGGUGAUGGACAGGUUGUCCUCUAGCCCUUUCCCCAUUUCUGCCCUCUCCCCACGAGAUGGAAGAGCCAGGGAUGAAGGUGCCCGGAGCUGAGAGGACAGACCGAAAGCUAGAAAGACACUAAGGACAAACAAAGUGACAAAAGUCUGAGCAGCUGUGGCUAUCUGAGGCUGACAAACCUCUUUACAAACAGAAGCAACAAGGACAUCACCGUUACCAGGGAAUGUUGAGAGGAAAGAAGAGUAAGAGAUGCAGGGAUGGAAGACUCUCGGAAGACGGGAAUACCAAGCUUAUCCGGCAACAACCCACCCAAACACACCUCACAGAUUACUCGCAGAUAAAGGCGCAUUCUCACAGGUUCACGUACUUGCAUUGAUAAAAAAAAAAAAAGGGCCUGAAGUAAAAAUCAGAAACAGGAAACCCUAAAAAUAUCGACAGGACCAUAAUCUGAGCCAAAUACUUUGAGAGACACAAUCGAACGUAACAUUGCAUUUCUUGGUUUCUUGAUUUAUUUAUAUUUUUAUUUAUGACACAAGAGUGAUACUGAGAUGUCCAUUGCGGUUACCGUGUCUUUUUUUUUUUUUUUGGUCCGUGUCACACGUGACUCUAUGCCUUACUCUCCCCUUUUCUGAUUGGUUCUUGGUUGGGACUCCUUAACCAAAAAACAAAAUAGUGGUACAGUCAAUGCAUAAUUGAGAAAAGAAUCUGAUUGGUGAAAACCUAGGUGCUCAGAGCAGUGGCCAGUUUACUGCCUAAUACCUAACUCGGAGAGAGUGUGUAAACCCAAGAAUCCCUCUUCUGUACAUCUGUGUGUGUAUGUGUGUGUGAAUGAACUAAAUGGUGUUCGAAGGUCGUUUUUACCUUUGGAGGCAUUCGCCAAAGCUUGCUGACGUUGUAUUUUGCUAGAACCUUCUCAUGGCAUAAAUAUAUAUAUAUAUAAAUAUAUAUAUUAUACAUUAACAGACUGGUCACUGUAUUACAAACCCGUAGCAAAAAAAAAAAAAAAAGAAAGAAAGAAAAUAAAAAAUAAUAAACAAGUGCCCAGACCGACAGAAUACACAUAUACACAUACCCAGUGCAACAUCAGGCUCACCUCCAUAAAUAUGAACACACCAUUUAUUCACAAUACAAAAAUGGGACACUUAAUUAUCUACAUAUGGACCAGAGGUGAAUGACAUCAACAAAAAGAAAAUGUAUCACCAUUUUUACGAGACUCUCGACAAGUUGAAGUGACUGCUACACCAAUCGACUGAACAGCGAUUCAGAGGUUCACUGUCCAUAAGGGAGGCGGGAGAGGCCAAAAUCUCUUUCCUAACCACUCCUCCUUUUACAAUAGCUCUCUUUAUUAGGAGGCGAAGUGGGAUGUGCAUCCAGAUGCCCUGAAUUUGUGGCAUUCAUGCUUAUACCUGUUUUAAUAUGACAAUUGUUCUUAUAACAAAGACAUUUUUAAACUUUAAAAGGGUCUGGAAUACUUAUGUUGUUAUAUAAAAGAAGAGAGAUUUAUUGUUAUUUAGCACAGUUCAUUGCUCUCAUGGUCCUUGCUGUUAUCAGCUAAAGCUAUGCCAUUCUGCUCCCCUUUACUUGAUGUGUCCAAGUACGAGGCAUCUCUGAUUUAGCAAAAGGGCGGAGCUUAAGUUAAACUCGAUAACCUAAAUCGUGAACUUGGAUCAUGUGUUAUCACCACUAGUUUUUCUUUUCACUUUCAUAAAUCAAUCUAUUGCUUAUAAAUGGCACUGAUUAGCUCCUGUUAGCUAGCUGGCAAACGUAAUUACUGGUUUAUUUACACAAUAGUUUACCUAACAUACCUAAAAUUAGUCACACCCUUGGAUGCUCUGCCUAGAGGAUGUGGAGCAUAUUUUUUGUACACUUCCUUAAGAAUCUGAUUGGCUCUCCACACUUCUGUGAUAUGGUUUCCGAUGUGAAAACGUCUGAACAUUGCAACAGCUCUUUGUAGCAAGACAUAAUCACUGGAUUAAAAAGGUUACAGAUUAUUCAAUAGUUUUGUGUAAAGCAUUUAGUGCUGAAAUAAUCCUGCUUGUUACUGGACGAUGUUUGUUUGUGGUUUUCCUGCAGUUGCCUCUUCUUGUGAAAGUAGGCGGUCCUUGGCUAUGUUUACUGUAGAAACAUACCAGACAUUAGCUAGUUUGCUUUAUAGUCUCACAAGCUAAACGUCUAACUAUCGAUAAAUAGAGCCUAGUACAACAAACAUGACCAAGAACCUCCUACUUUCACAGGAAGAGCAAUUUGACUGACAUGAGAAACUAUCAAUCACAGGCCUUUUCCCACAUCUCAGUGGCAGUGUUCUCACUGCUAAGUGCUUUAAACAAGAAAAGUUAAUAACCUUUAAAAUCGAGUGAUUACUUGUUAUGAAAAGUUCAUUGUGACACACGAUGUUGAAAACCGGGACAAGGAAUUAGAAUGAAAACUGCAAGAUUUUGACAUUUGUGGCCAGUUGAGUGUACAAUAAUAUUUAGUUAUGAUGUCACAUGCUCAAGUUUGCAAGUGAACUUAAGCUCCGCCCUUGUUAACCCGAGCAUGUCUGUUGCUUGACAAAAUCAGGAUAUGUCCUUUACCAUGCGAUCGAGCCAUAUAUGCAAAUAUUGUGAGUGAAACCACUGUCCCUGACCAAAUUUGUUAAAUGUGAGACAUCUGUGUGCAAGAGGUGUGGGGAAACAGUCAUAUCUGUCACAUAUCAGUGAAAAAAGGGCUUUCCCAUCCCGAUCAUCUCUUUCCAUCAUUACUCAUUUUCAUCAAAACUUACUAACAACUACGCUUUUAUUUUCCCACAGACAGAAUGAGAGAGAGAGAGCGAGAGAGACAUAAAGUUAACGUUAAUGUUAAACAGAACGUUAAACAGAAAGAAAGCUGUGUUCACUUUUUCCAUGUGUGAUGACAGCAAGGACGAUGAAGCGCACGAUCGUCCUCAGUAUGGUUUAAAGAGUUCUAAAGAAUCUCUGUCUUCCAAAUAACGUAUAAAGACGAAGAGAAAAAGACGUUUGUUAUUUACACCCAGUGCUUUCUACACAUCCUGUAUGUCAGAAACAUGUUUCUGUUUUAAUACUGUUAUAGCACCACUCAUUCGCUUAGCAUUAGGUGACAGUAGAAGGCGACGUUUUUAUCAAUCAACAUCCAGGAGGCGAAGGAGAUGCCAUCCUCAGUUCUUGCUUUGAGAAAGGCUAGAAGGAAAAAGCUGAAUUUCUUCUACCCUUCUUUAAAGAAAGCACAGAGGAACACGCUAGCGUUCGAAGAGGAAAUAUUUAUCAAACAAUUUAGUGAUUCAAACUUACACACAAUUUGUAUUUACCUCAAAUGUGAACGUCGAUCAUCUAAGAAGUCCUUCAUUUAUGCACUGGAGCUUCAAGGCUUAUUUAGCUAACAAGUAACAGAAGCCAGAUUAGCCUCAUGUGAACGAUCACAAUAAAUAACGUUUAUACUUAAGCAGUUCAUAUUUAAAACAUUAAACAUAUAAACAGAAUCAAAACGGCUGCCUUUGAGUUUUCUGCUACGUGAUGGUGUACUUUUGCUAAUGUUUUAUAACUUGUCAGCUACUUUAAGCUUGUUAGCCUCCAGCGCAAAACUGAAGAAGCAAAAUUUGGAGACCGAGCUCAACUCAUCUACUCGGCUUCAUUUUAGAUAACGGGAAAAUUGAUUUAUCCUCGAACGUUUAUUGCACCAGGAUUAAUGCUUUGUCGUUAUUUGUGUUGCUUAUUUAUUUUGCAUCCUAGAGGAGCGCACUUGGGAAAACGUUACAUACACAAGGCUAUGCAUUCGCCGUGGCAACUUGAAGCAGCUCCAUACCGAGCCCAUGAUGCAUUGCAAACAUGGCCAAAGACUGGUCAUGUGACCCACUCGAUGCCGUAGGUGAGCGGGGUGUGCAGAAAGCAUUGUGGUUUGUUUUCUUUUUGUUUGUUUGUUUUUGUUUCCUUUAAAAAAAGAUAUGGAAGAAUAUUAACUAUGAAGAGAUGAAAGAUUAUUUACAGAAUAUAUAAAUAUAUAUAUGUAUAUGUGGUAUACAUAUACACAUUCAUAUACACAUAUAUGAAUUACAAAUGUUUUAAGAUAUGAAUACAAAGUUAUUAGAAUUAUAAUAAAGACGCAGGAAUACCUUUGA